AUGUUCGAUAUUAUUAUGAAAACACUGGAUGCUAUCUGCAGUUUAGUGAAAAGGUCUCACUGCUUUGGAAGCCAACGUGAUGUCCACGAUCAUCUCAUGGAACAGGGAUCUGGAAUUGGAGUGUAUCGGAAUACAGUUAUCUGCGCUGAUUGGGCUUAUAGCCUGCAACCGUCCCAAUGCUGGAGCCAGUCCAUGAAAAUCGAAUAUGUUCAGCAGGACUAA